AUGGACCGGUACCAGAGGGUGGAGCGACCGCGGCCCGAGUCGGCCAUCGCCGAGAACGAGAUCCGAAUCACCGCCCAGGGGCUUAUCCGCAACUAUGUCUCCUACGCCACGUCCCUCCUCCAGGACCGGAAGAUUAAAGAGAUUGUUCUGAAAGCCAUGGGACAGGCAAUCAGUAAGUCUGUUGCUGUGACAGAGAUUAUCAAGAAAAGAGUACCGGGGUUGUACCAAGAUACUAACAUCAGCUCUGUCAGCAUAACUGAUGUCUGGGAACCUAUUGAAGAAGGCCUUGUCCCACUGGAGAUGACUCGCCAUGUUUCAAUGAUUUCAAUUACUUUGUCUCCAGUAGAGCUGGACCAAAAUUCCCCAGGGUAUCAAAGCCCAGCUUAUGUUGACCAGCCCAGGCAACAGCAGCGCCUCCAGCAGGCACCAGCGCCGCUGCGUCAACCUCGCCAACAACCAUCUGAUUAUGACGACUCCUAUGUGCGGGGUCGUGGCAGAGGAAGGGGCCGUGGACGUGGUAGGGGUUGGGGUAGAGGAGGUUAUGGCGGAUAUGGAAACAACCAAGGUGGGUACAACCAAGGGGGGUACAAUCAAGGUGGAUACAAUCAAGGCGGGUACAACCAAGAUGGUGGGUACUAUGAUAAUCAAGGCGGAUACAACCAAGAUGGUGGGUACUAUGAUAAUCAAGGUGGGUAUGGCGGUGGAUAUGGCUACAACCAAGGCCGACAAGGAAACUACCAAGAAAAUGGUGGAUAUAACCGAGGACGGGGUGGUAUGCGUGGAAGAGGCAAUUGGAGUUACCGUGGGGGAUAUGAGCGUGGCAGGGGUGGCGGUGCUCCAGGUGGGAGGGGAUAUGAAGGUGGAAGGGGAUAUGACCAAGCUCCUGCUGGAAGGGGCUACGGAGGUGGAAGGGGAUAUGAAGGCGGAAGGGGAUAUGACCAAGCCCCUGCUGGAAGGGGAUACGAAGGCGGAAGGGGAUAUGACCAAGCUCCUGCUGGGAGGGGGGGAUACGAGGGCGGAAGGGGGUAUGGAAGGGCUCGUGGAAGAAUGGCUCGUGGGCGAGGGUACUGA